GAUCAUAGCUUUACUCGCGGCAUGAUGAAAUGCUAAGUUUUUACUUUCUUACUCAGUUCUUCAGAACCUCAUCUUGCUUUCGCUAAUCAUCUGGUGUUACCCUUCUCUCUGUUCCCGGCUCCGGAAAUAUGGCCUUACAGAGAAUGGAGAAAGCAAACGAAGAUGCAAAUCUUCCCGACAAUGAGCAAGAAGAAUUCUCGAAAUCCUUUGUUUGCUGCGUUUGCCUGGAUCUAUUAUACAAGCCUAUUGUGCUGCCUUGCGGCCACAUAUCCUGUUUCUGGUGUGUCCACCAGUCAAUGAGCCCCCUUUUGAGUCUCAUUGUCCAAGUUGUGAGCAUCCGUAUCAUCACUUUCCUGCAAUCUGUUGGAUGCUUCACUUCUUGCUUCUGA